ACGGAGUGUGAAACUUUUACUAAGAUCAUUAAUAAUGUCUGUGAGUAGUAAUAAAUGUGAUACGCCUGGAUGUGAAAAGCAAGCCAGUUUACAAUGUCCAACCUGCAUAAAAAUUGGAAUCACAGGAUCCUUUUUCUGUAAUCAGGAUUGUUUCAAAAGCAGCUGGAAAAGCCACAAACUAUUACAUCAGCUCGCUAAGGGUGAUACUGGAAAUUCUAAAGAAGAAUAUAACCCAUGGCCAAGUUUUCAAUACACUGGUAAAUUGAGACCUGCACCUCGUGAGCAACGCAGACCAGCACCUGCUAAUAUAAUGGCCCCAGAUUAUGCUCAUCAUCCUGAUGGUACACCUGUAUCCGAACAACUUGCUAGAUCAUCUACAGUGAUUAAAGUAUUAGAUGAUGAAGAAAUUGAAGGCAUGCGAUUAGCUUGCAAGCUUGGGCGCGAGGUACUCGAUGAAGCAGCAAAGGCAUGUGGCGUUGGAGUAACUACAGAAGAAAUAGAUACAGUUGUUUAUGAAGCUUGUGUAGAAAGGGAAUGUUAUCCAUCUCCAUUGAAUUAUUAUAAAUUUCCAGCUAGCUGCUGUACUUCAGUCAACGAAGUUAUUUGCCAUGGUAUUCCUGACAAAAGAAAGCUGCAAGAUGGAGAUAUUUGCAAUGUCGAUGUCACUGUUUAUCAUAGAGGCUUUCAUGGAGAUUUGAAUGAAACUUUCUUUGUUGGGAAUGUUAAGCCAGAAAUAAAAAAACUGGUUGAAGUAACUUACGAGUGCCUUUCCAAAGCUAUUCAAUUAGUGCGUCCUGGAGAAAAAUACAGAGAGAUUGGAAAUGUUAUUCAAAAACAUGCCCAGGCUAAUGGGUUAAGUGUUGUCAGAAGCUAUUGUGGUCAUGGAAUUCAUCGUCUUUUCCAUACAGCUCCCAAUAUCCCUCAUUAUGCCAAAAAUAAAGCUGUUGGAGUAAUGAAGGCCGGCCACUGCUUUACCAUUGAACCAAUGAUAUCUCAAGGAACAUGGCGCGACACAAUGUGGCCAGAUAACUGGACUGCCGUUACUGCUGAUGGCCAAUGGUCAGCUCAAUUUGAACAAACGCUGCUAGUAACUGAAAAUGGAUGUGAUAUUUUAACAAAACGCAGAAAUAAGGAGGGAACACCUUGGUUUAUGGAUAAAAAGUAAAUCAACAAAAAUGAAAAAGAUAAAUGAUGUAAAUAUGAAUAUAUUACAUUGCCAAUGAUAACAAAUAAAACGAAUUAUUAUACUAUAAAUCAUGAACUUCCAUAAAAUACUAUAUCUAAA